AUGGCGUCCGGAGCGAUAUAUAGUAUACUUCCAACUCAUCAGAGGUACGUCAACGGAGUACCGAUACCGCAGACGAGAAAAACUCUGCGUCUGCGAGAGAAAUAUGUCGUUCUUAUGGUGUUCGUCACUUUCGUGACGGUAUGUUUCGGCGCCUUCUUCUUCCUCCCGGAACUUCGCGGCCGCGUACAGAAGGACGGACCGGAUCUACUUCUCCCGAAAAGGGGAGCGAUCCCCGGGAUAAUUUCACACGACGACGCGGACGUCGCAGACGUGCACAAAAUUAUGGACAAGGCGAACCUGAACGCCAAGAUCGAGUUCGAACUCGCUCGCGACAAGUUGCGAGACCAACUCGGUCACCGCGCAGAGGACGCAGCCGUCGUCGCGAAACCCGCGGCGACGGAACGUCCGCCCGCGCCCGCGCCGCCCGCGCGACCAAACACGCCGACGCCCGAUGCGAGACAGGUGGCGCCGCCGGAGCAGACCGACCCUCCCGCUGCGGCGGCGGCGGUGGUCGUGCCGGCGCAGCCAGGGCCGUUGGUUCUCGGGUCGCAGAAGUUUGGCGAGCCGGCGGACGAGGCGACGAAGCUGAGGCGAGACACGGUGCGCGAG